AUGACUACCAUACUCCAAACACUCCAAGUUUCUCCUUGUGGCGGCGCCGCCGCCGAGAUCACACUCCCCCUCACCUUCUUCGACAUGUGGUGGGUCCAUUUCCACCCAAUCCGCCGCGUGCUCUUCUACGACCACCCUUGCUCCACCGCCGAAUUCCUCCACACCAUCGUCCCGAACCUCGAAAAAUCCCUCUCCCUCACCCUCAAACACUUCCCCCCCGCCGCCGGCAACCUCCUCUACCCCACCGACACCGCCAAAAACAAACCCCUCCUCUGCUACGCCGCCGGCGACUCCCUCCGCCUCACCGUCGCCGAGUCCGGCCACGACUUCGACGACCUCACCGCGAACCACCCGCGCGACGCCGACCCGUUCUGGGACUUCGUCCCAGAACUCGCGCCGCCGGCCGAGGCCGGCGCGUGCAGGCACGCGCCGCUCAUGGCCGUCCAGGCGACGCACUUCCCCGGCCGCGGCGUCGCCCUCGGGAUCGCCAACCUCCACCUCCUCGGCGACGGAAGCGCCGUCAACGCGAGCCUGAUCCUCGGCUGGGCCGCGAUCAGCAAGUCUGCUGGAGACGAAGAGUUUCUUCGCCUCCAGCAGAAGUCCGCGCCGAUCUUCGACCGGCGCGUGAUAAAAGACGCCGCCGGGAUCGACGGCAUCUUCUGGGACGAAAUGAGAAAGGCGCCCUUUUCGCCAGCGCCUUUCCCACUGCCCACUAACCGGGUCAGGGCGACUUUCGCCCUAACCCGGUCCGAUUUGGAAAAAUUAAAAAACCGGGUUUUGGCAAAAAAAACCGGUUUGAACCGGGUUUCGUCUUUCGUCGCCACAGCCUGCUACGUGUGGAGCUGUGUGGCAAGGUCGGAGCCCGACGGGGACGACGCGUAUGAGCUGCUCGUCGUCCCCGUCGACGCCAGGGGGCGGAAGAACGCCCUCAUCGAUCCCCCCGUGCCGGGGAACUACUUUGGGAACUGUAUCGCGUUCGCAGUAGUCGAGAUCCGGCACGGGGAGCUGGUGGGGGCUGGCGGGUUCGAGGCGGCCGCAGAGGCGGCGACGGUGGAGAUUAGGAAUGGGGUGAAUGAUGCCGCGGCGCUUCUUAAAGGGGCGGAGGAUUGGAUGAAUGAGAUGAAGAAAUGUCAAGAGAAGAAAAUGAAGGUGUUUGGGGUGUCUGGAUCGCCGAAAUUUGAUCUGGCGGUAGCGGAUUUCGGGUGGGGAAAGGCGAAGAAGGUGGAAUAUGUGACGCUUGAUGGGGAGAAUUAUUCGAUGUCUUUGGCUAAUGCAAGAGACGGCGGCGGAGGGUUGGAAUUUGGGCUGUCUUUGCCGGAGAAGAGAAUGGAGGCUUUUAUGGCUAUAUUUGCCGAUGGUCUCACCAAAUAA